CCACCCACCUCCCCCAACGCUCUCUCACACCUGGGUCACUCCCACCACCCAGUCCUCCCCACCUUCGGAGUCUGCGUCUUCCCCUUCGGAACACUUCAAUUCAUCAACCUAACCACUUUCUUCACUAAACCGUGCCACGUUCACACCCUCACAAUCACAAAACCAACCAAUGGCUUCAAGUUCAACAACACCAAAUUCAAACCAACAAUAACCGUUUCCAUUUCAUUUCACAAACCAAUGCUAUGCAUUUCGCUAUGGAUUUCGCCAAACACAUCACCACUAAACCUCCCUUAAUCUUCACUCGUCCUCUAACGUGGAUCACCUCCACCAUCCCCCGCUACAACCGCCGCCACUUCCCACCACCACCACCGCCGCCGCCGCCUGAUUCCACCAACACUUCACUAACCUCCCUACCUUCCAUCCUCUCACACAAAACUCUAGAUUCUUCCAAAUGCAAAUCGAUUCUACCUCAUUUAACCUCUCACGACUUCGACCGCUUGUUCUUCAUUCACCAUUCCUCUUUCAACCUCAAAACCACACUCGAUUUCUUCCGUUUUGCUUCUAACCAAUUCAAGUUCCGCUUCACGGUUCGUUCCUAUUGCCUCUUAAUCCGUUUGCUUCUAUCGUCUAGGUUUUUACCCCGUGCUAGAUUCAUGUUGAAGCGUUUAAUAGACGGAAACGUUUACACGCCGUUAGGUAAUGUGAACGAUAGGCUUAGCGAAAUCGCUUCGUCUUUUCUUGAACUGAAUCGCUUAACGGAAGGAAGUCACGGUGAAUUGGAUUUGUUGCUUCAUAUUUUGUGUUCGCAGUUUCAGCAUUUAGGUUUUCAUUGGGCUUUUGAUAUUUUUACACUGUUUACGAGCAAUGGUGUUUUUCCUUCGCUUAAAACCUGUAAUUUUUUGUUGAGUUCGUUGGUGAAAUCGAAUGAGCUUCACAAGAGUUAUAGAGUUUUUGAGGCUGUUUGUCGUAGUGGUGUUACGCUUGAUGUUUACACGUACGCGACUGCGAUUAAUGCGUUUUGUAAAGGUGGAAAGAUUGAUGAUGCUGUUGGUUUGUUUUUUAGAAUGGAGGAGCAAGGUGUUUUGCCGAAUGUGGUUACUUAUAAUAGUUUGAUUGACGGGUUGUGUAAGAAUGGAAGGUUAGAAGAAGCUUUUAGGUUUAAAGAUAAGAUGGUUGAGAACAAAGUGAGCCCGAAUUUAGUUACUUAUGGGAUUCUUGUUAAUGGUUUCAUGAAGUCUGAGAAAUUCGAUGAGGCGAAUUCAGUUUUGGUGGAAAUGUAUAGCAAGGGAUUUUGUCCCAAUGAGUUUGUUUUUAAUGCACUUAUUGAUGGGUAUUGUAGGAAAGGGAAUAUGAAUGAGGCGUUGAGGAUUAGGGAUGACAUGAUGUUGAAGGGGUUGAAGCCAAAUGCUGUUACUUUUAAUACUCUUUUACAGGGGUUUUGUAGGAGUGAUCAAAUGGAGCAAGCUGAGCAAGUGUUAGGGUACUUGUUAUCGAAUGGUUUAUCUGUUAAUGAGGAUGCGUGUUCUUAUGUGAUUCACUUGUUAUGCAAUAGUUCCAAGUAUGAUUCGGCUUUGAAAAUUGUAAAGGAGUUGUUGUUGAGGAAUAUUAAGGUUAAUGAUAGCUUGCUAACUUUGUUGGUUUGUGGACUUUGUAAAUGUGGAAAACAUUUGGAGGCAAUUGAUCUUUGGUUUAGACUAGCUGAUAAAGGGAUUGCAGCAAAUACAGCGGCCUCAAAUGGGCUUCUCCAUGGACUUUGUCUAAGGGGGGACAUGGAAGAAGUCUUUGCAGUUGUCAAAGAAAUGAUGGGGAAAGGCUUGGUACUGGAUGGGAUUUCAUACAACACACUUAUAUUUGGCUGUUGUAAAUCAGGUAAUAUUGAGAAGGCUUUCAAGCUGAAGGAAGAGAUGGUGAAGCAAGGAUUCAAACCAGAUACUUAUACCUACAAUUUCCUAAUGAAAGGGUUAGCUGAUAAGGGUAAAAUAGAUGAUGUUGAUAAGGUUUUGCAAGAAGCAGUAGAUCAUGGCGUGGUUCCAAAUAUCUAUACAUAUGCACUAAUGUUGGAAGGAUAUUGUAAUGCUGAUAGGAUUGAUAAUGCCGUGAGCUUUUUCAACAAGUUAGUUUAUAAGGAAGUAGAACUUAGUUCUGUUGUUUAUAACAUACUUAUUGCAGCUCAUAGUAAAGCUGGGAAUUUUAUUGAAGCCUUCAAACUCCGCGAUACUAUGAAAAGUAAAGACAUUCUUCCUACAAUUGCCACAUAUUCUUCUAUAAUACAUGGAAUGUGCCGUAUUGGCCGUGUUGAGGAAGCAAAGGACUUUUUUGAAGAGAUGAGAAAUGAAGGAUUGAUGCCAAAUGUCUUUUGUUAUACUGCUCUAAUUGGUGGUUACUGUAAGUUAGGUCAGAUGGAUGAAGUGCAGAACAUCUUACUAGAAAUGACUUCAAAAUGUAUACAUCCUAAUAAAAUUACCUACACUAUUAUGAUUGGUGGUUAUUGUAAAUUAGGAAAUACGACAGAAGCGACUAAGCUUUUAAAUGAGAUGAUAAGAAAUGGAAUAUCACCGGAUACUGUUACUUAUAAUGUAUUGCAAAAAGGAUAUUGCAAGGAAAAGGAGCUCGAAGAAACUCUUCUAUGCGAUCCUAUGCCUAAUACAGAAGCACCCAUGGAAGAAAUAACUUAUACAACACUGGUUGAAAAGCUGCAUCCACAUACAGAUGCAGCAAUUAGUAAUAAAAAAUAAUGAGGAAACUACUCAAAACAGUUGACACUUUGUUGAUACCAGAACUCUCGUGGUCGAGACUUCCAUUGUUAAGCUUGAUUUCAAGCUCAUAUUAUUUGAAAGAUGAAGAUUUCAUAUGCUUGAUCUCCAGGCAUAUGGGUUACUAUCAACAGCUGAAGCAACCUACUCUUGACUUGGUUUGCUAGUUGAACAACGAGCCUUUGAUUUUAAGGGCAUAUUUAAUAAGAGCGAUACAGUCAAACAUCAAAUGAAUAUCUUAUCCAUCUUUUCCACGUGUUGUGGUGAGGGCUAAUCUUUGGUGUUCUUUGUUGUAUGAAUAUAUUUGUUUUGAUUUUCAGAAACCCUUUGUCAUAUGGUCUCGGAGCUUUGGUUGGAGGCAGAUCUCUUAUGGAUAUCGGAGAUAGCAUAGCAUUGAAGAUUUGAGGAGACUAACUGUUCCCAACAAAGCACCAAAGUCACAAAGAAAAUAACUAACAAAUUCAACAAACAGGGAUAUGUUUCCAGUUUCCACCAAAGUAUUGUAUGGCACUUCAGACAAGAUGGAAACUUGAUGUAGAAAAAGCCACAACAAUAAUCCAGAGACUGUUAGAAGUAUGUACAAGGUACUUGCUGGUGGCAAGCGUACUUGUUAGACUACCAAACAUCAGGAUGCCCUGCAUUUUUAAGGAGCAUUUGUUUUUUGGUAUAGGUUGUUACAAUUUGGAAGUUGUUCUUAACAUAUGCUUUAGAUAUAUUAAGUUUUAAGACGCAAAAGUUUAUAAAUUAAAUAUAUACCUGCUGAAUUGUUAGCUAACAACAUUUUGCACUUUUUUCAAUGACACUGGUGGAAUUUAAAAAAAAGAAAAGACAUAUAGGACUAGUGAAAAGAUGAAAGGGAAACUUCCAUCUGGACUGUAGAGAUAUGCAGCUAAAUCCCUUGAAGUAUAAUGUUUUUUCUUAUUUCAAUAGAACUGGUUUUAAAGAAAUGACAGAUAAAUUUAUCUGCUUCUUUCGUCUGGGCCAUGGUUCAUUAUAAAUGAAGAAAAGAGAUUUUAAUACAGUGGCUGUACCCGGGUUACUUAUAUGCAUAAGACGCAUUUCUAAUACUACAUUAGCCUUUUAUAGUAUUUUUUUUACUUCCAUCGUAAACUUUUGUAUGUAACUGCAAAUAUUAAGAUAUUGGUAAAAUUGCAUUGACCACUGACGUGAUCUCUAGUAUUUCAGAAACACUCACCUUCCUUCGACUCAUAGUGUAAGGCAAUGUUGAGGCUUAGAAAUGAAACAAUUUGCCGUUGCUAUUGUUCUCUACUUUGCAUUUUUUAUAAUGGAUGAUGCUAUGCGUGUUUUCCUUCGCCACUUACACAGUUCACCAUAGUUUAAACAGCAGGAGGCAUGCUUCUAUAAAAAAAGAAAAGAUUUUUCUCUUUAAAAUGUGCAAAUGACAUUUCCUUCGUAUUUGCUCAGAGAAAGAAGAGAGAUGUCUGGCAUUGCUUGUACAUGCGGGGUGCGGUCUCUCUUUCAUACCAAUAAGUGACUCUAAAACCCAUUUAUUUUGCAUAAAAAAAAUUUAAAAUUGUAUUAAUUGCUAAUAAAGAGACUUUGUUUUAAAUAAUCGUGAAUAACUCAUAA